AGCACACUGCCUGUCUGUCUGUCUUUCCUGAUUCUCUUUCAACUUUUCCUCGCUGCUUUUUGGCAUCCCUCAGCUAACAUGUCUACUCGGAUAUCGACCUCCUCGAGGAGAAUUUCUUCCUUUGUCAGUGGGGACGGAGGUGCCAAAAUGGGCAGCGUUGGAGGAGGCAGUCUGUACGGUUUUGGCGGGGGGUCCAUGGUCGCUCUAGGCAGUGGCUAUGGAGGGGCUGCAUGCGGUGGGUUUGGUGGACCUGGCUUUGCAAGCGGAGUUGGCUUCGGCGGGGGGUCUGGCUUUGGUGGCGGGGCUGGCUUUGGCGGCGGGGCUGGCUUUGGUAGCGCCUCCGUGGGAGGCGGUGGCUACGGAGCCAGCUACCGCUCCAGCUCGGCAGUGUCCUUGGGUGGCGGCUAUGGAGGGGCCGACAGCGUCUUCCUGGCUGGGGCUGAAAAGGAGACCAUGCAGAACCUCAACACCCGCCUGGCAAACUACCUGGAAAAGGUGCGCUCUCUGGAGGAGGCGAAUGCCGAGCUCGAGCUGAAGAUCCGCCACUGGUAUGAGAAGAAUGGGCCCGGGGCUCCUGGAGUGACCCGCGAUUACAGCAAAUAUCACCAGAUCAUUGAGGAUCUGCGCAACCAGGUGAGGAAACAAACGCUGGGUAGAAGCAUCCCCUAAGUCACACCUAAACGAAUGGAACCUGUGUGAGGGAUUUGCUAUUGGACAUCUCCCCUGCAAUUCUGCACAGCUUGUUAAAGUGGCAUUGGAGGAGCCAAUUAUGUACAAAACGAGAUAAUGUGCAUAUAUGUGACUGUAUACUAAAGCAAGCAGAUCAAGAUGACGAAUUUUUAAAAAUUGCUUUACUUGUUUUAUCACUCAUAAAUGUAUGCAGUGUAAUCGGGGGGGAAGUUCAACAUGGAGGGUUUUUCUUUCUUUCUCAGCACUAGGAACCCAAAUGCAAAAUUAUAAUAGGAUGAAACUGGCAUAGGCAUAGAAAGCUGCCUUAUGCCCAGUCAUUUCGUUGGUCCAGGCAAGCCAGUAGCUAUGGCUCUCUGGGGCUUUAGAGUGGAGUUUUUCCCAGCCUUACCUGGAGAUACCAGAAAAUGAACUCAGGGACAUUUUUUACAAGUGAAGCACACGGCUACAAUCCUCAGUUACAAGCCUCAAUCUGCUUAAGCAAGAUGGGGUGCCCAAUCCUUUAAAACUCUAAUGAAUGACAUUUCUUCAGAACGAUACCAUUCUGAAUUACUGGUACUUAUUUCUGUUAGCAAUAGAGGUCUUGUCCACAUAUUAAUUCAAUAGAAGGACUGGAAUAGAAGCCAAAUUAGUCUUGGUUUGUUUGUUUGUUUGAUCAUCAAGUUCAUGUAACAGGAGAAAUCCAGAUGAAAUUCAAGUGCUUUAGCUGAAUAAUUGUUGUAAAAGCUAACAUCGUCUAUUCUUAUUCUUCAUAUUCAAAACAUUGGGGAGAUUUAUUUAUUUUUUUAAGUCAGUUUUUAUUUGCACUACUCUACAAAUCAACCCUGAUUAUGUACGAAAUGCAUUAGCUGUUAAUCUGGAAGUGGGCAUUUUCCCCACACAAAAUAACCUUGUUUUAUUCUUUUAAUAUUUCGUUCCAGAUCGUCAAUGUGACCAUUGACAAUGCCAAUGUAGUCUUACAGAUUGACAAUGCCAGGCUGGCUGCUGAUGACUUCAGACUGAAGUAAGCUAAAUGCAAAACUUUUCUGCUUUUUUUUUUUAAGCAAAAUGUUGGUUCUUAAGUUUUGCACCCCACUCCUUUCAGUAGCAUUGGGUCAUUGGGGUCUACUUAAUUCACCAAUAAUGUAAUGCAAGUUUGAAAUCAAAACCCCACCUCUAAUGCUAUGGUCUGUUAAAACUGGGCGAAUUUGGUAAUUAUCAGCUACGUAGAAAAAUGAGUAGAGAUACAUAAUGCUACUUCUUCUGCUAGACACAGUAAGACUAUAGUGAUACAUAUGAUAUCAAGUCCACCUUCUACCAACCCAAAUGUUUGUUUGCUUUUGUUAGGAUCCAGUGAAAUAAAACAGUGCUGGGACGAGCUGGGUUUUGAAGCCCUGUCUCCCAGGUGCAGAUCUAACAACUCAUCUGCUGGCUCUUAGUAAAUAUCUGCUGUAAUUAUCUUAGAGUCCAAAGGGAUCUCACUAGGGCAUCUAUCAAAUCCCCUCCAGCUCCCAGCAGCCUUCCAUGCCCCAUCCCACAUGGUUUGGAAGUUCCCAUAAAGGAUUUUGGGGUGACUUCAGAGGGUGGCCAGGAUGCAAAACUCGCCUUCUGUGUACAUUCUUGCAGGAGUGCCAGCUUGGCUCCGGGGCCGUGGGUACCCGGGGCCAUGGGUAUCAUGCAGCAUGCAUGGACCUGGCACCGAAAUUUGUGGGUGCCCAGCCUCUUCAUGGGGAAUUUUGUGGGUGCUUAGGACCCCAGGAAGUUGGCACCUCUGCUUCCUUGAGUUAAGCUCCUCGCUCUGGCCAUUGAAAAUUGAAGAACUGAUAAGCUCACUGUAAUGGACUUUAGGGCUAUGGGGCUAAGGAUCUGUCUUUGUGCUGCAUUUGUUGUGUUUGUGUAAGCUACAUAACCCACCCUGGGACCUUCUGGUGAAGGGCGGUUAAGAAACACAAUAAAGAAUGACAAUGUUGCAAGCGCCUUCGUUCCUGAUCUUGCCGUUUCGUUUGCUGUCUUUACAAGCGGCUAAUCUGAGCCAUCUCCAUAUAUAUCUCAUAGCUUUGUAUGCUCACUUGCCCCUUUCAGGUUUGAGAACGAGCUCUUCCUUCGCCAGAGUGUUGAAGGAGACAUCAAUGGUCUGCGCAGAGUGCUUGACGACUUGACCAUGAACAGGUCUGACCUGGAAGCACAGCUUGAAAGCCUCACAGAGGAACUAGCAUACCUUAAGAAGAACCACGAAGAGGUAACCAAGUUUUGUUCCACCACCAUCACCCCUUUUCAGUAGUUUUUCACUCUAAUCCAGUCCAAAGGCAGGACUGUGUGAGUCUUUGGGAUGCAGGACAAGUGCCUAGCACAGUGCUGCAGAUCAAAACGUUUGUUUAGACAAAAGGAAGCUCAAAUUCAUUCCUUACUUAGCCCCAAAGUUUACUAGAGUACCUCCUAGGCAAGUCAACUUCUGCCUAACCUACCCCACAUAUUUAAUUCAAUUAUAAUAGUCCACCUAAAUCCAAGAUGCAGAAUGAGGAACAUCACAAAUAUUUCAACUUCUUGCAUGAAGUCAAUAGAAGAACAGUUUAAUAAUAAGAAUAAUAAGUACUUAAAACCAGCUUAGACAACCCUUCUUACAGUACCAGGUGUGGGCUUUCAAAAGCUUUCAGGAGGACGGAAGUGUAAUUGUAAAAGCAAGGUGGUAAGACUUGUGAAAUAAUUCCACAGAAAUUGUUGGGAAAGUGAGCAGGGACUAGCACAGAGUCCUGACUUUUCAUCCAUGUUUAUUGGUUGGGUUAGCUCAUAUUAUGCCAUAUGGAUAUGAAAUCCUGUUACAUCACCGUGCAGAAAGAAUGAAUAAAUUCCAUCACUCAUCUUCAGUCUCUGACCGCAUUUGUUACAUCACACCAUUGUGCUUGAGCACAAACGAGAAAUCACGCGCUUAUCAAAGACUCCAUCUGAACUACCAGGAGAUGACUAUCUAAAUUAAGUUCAAAUUGUGCCAUAAACUGCUUUAAUGAUUAGUGUGUGCUCUCUCCUAAUGUCUACCCAUCGCUGUGCCUGUGUGGUCCAAUGUUACUACACAAAGUUAUGAUACACAGGGCUCUGUGGGCCCCGUAGCUUAGGCUGGGGCUACCCCCCAAAAAAAUCUAUAGGCAGAGCAUCGUUUUACGCCUUCACUGUGUAAGGUAAAGCUGGCAUAUUUAGACUAGAAUGGAGACAGGCGCUCCUGCAAUUAACCCUCCAUUCUUUGGGAACACCCUUCCCUUGCUUAGAUUCCUUUAUGCCUAGUGGGUGCUCCGGGGCCAGGCAGGGAGAAUGGAUCUUCCCUCAGAGCUUCCCAGGCCCUAAGGCUAGUUUCGGUAAAUGAGAUGCAGAUCAUUUUCUCUGUGAUAUUUGUCCUGGGAACAAAUCCAAGAAAAAUAAAAUUAAGGAUAAUGGUUUACCAACUUCUGAAGAUGCUGGCACUGGCUGUCAUGAAAAGCUUAAGGUGGCUGUUUCAUUGUCUCUACUUAGGAUGGUAGUAUACAAGUUUCAUGGUUACAGGGGAACGGCCCGAUACCUUGUGUAUAUGCUCAGAAAGAUGGUUUCACAAUUAUUCAUAGUACCUGGACAGAGCCCAAGUAAACUGAAAUCAGGUCAUUGGAUUGAGCACUGGCUCGGCUGAAGGACCUGCCUAGUCCUUCUCUGAAUACUCUCUUCACCAGAUAAUGCUUCAGUGCAGAUGUUUUGGACUACAAUAUCCAUCAACCCCAAUGGUCAAUGGUGAGAAUGGCCAAUGGUUGGGGAUGGUGGGAGCUGUAGUCUAAAACAUCUGAAGAGCAUGAGGUUGGGAAGGGGUUUCUUAGACCAUCUGCCUAACAAGGGCUGCCAUCUAUUGCAAAAAUAUAAAAGGCUAUUAUGAGACUUUCAAUCCAGGAAGCCUUUUGAGCACUUAACAAAAAAUUCUAUACAAAACCUAUGCUGUUGUGGUCAUUUCCUGUGUAAUAAAGACACGUUUACACACUGAUAGCAGAGGAUAUGGGACCCCCCCCCCACACACACACAGACACACACCAUGAUACUCAGAGGUACCAUAAGAAGAGAAAGACAAUGCUUGGAACAUUUUUGUACGAAUUUUACUGUGGAUGACGUCCUUCUAGAUAAGAAGUUGAUGAAUCACUGUUUACUGACUUUACACUGCUUCAUCAUCUCAAGUUAACCUGCUUCUAAUAUUCUUGCCCAGGAAAUUAACUUGCUGAGAAGCAGCUCUACGGGUGACGUCACAGUGGAAAUGAACGCGGCUCCAGGAGUAGACUUGACUAAGCUGCUGAACGAAAUGAGGGCGCAAUAUGAAGACCUCGCAGAUCAAAAUCGCAGAGAGGCGGAAGAACAGUUUCACAAAAUGGUAAGAUGGAUGGGCGGCUGCUGAAAGCAAAUUCUAUUUGAUGCAUUGCAUCAAGCAAUAUUCGCAACAAAUGCAUAGGGGAGGGCGGGAAAGAAUGUGCACAAGAUGACCGUCACAUACAAAAAUGUAUUCUGUUAGCGGAAUGUUUGCAAAAACAUGUACAUUACUCAACAAUGUGUGCAAAAACCUGUUCAUGCAAAGAAAUACGCAUUAAAUGCUGAUGAAUUUUCAUGAGGAUUUUUUUUUUAAUUGCAAAUUGCUGCAGAAAUAUGGAGAGCUGAAUUUAGGAUUGGAAAGUGAGAAAGGGAGAGAACUGGAAUUAACAUAUCCUUCCCCACCACCACUCCUCUUACCAUUAUACUGGACAGAAUGAAUCUGUAUCAAAUUCCUACAUGCCAGAAGCACAGUUGUGACCAGUUGUGCAUUACCUCCCCACAAUGGGCAGAAAGAAGACCCAUAUUUGAUGUCAAACUGCAUAGGCUAAUUUAUACGUAUAGGUGUAAAUUUAGAAAUAAUACCUAUAAUGUAAACACAAAUGCAACAAUGCAUCACACCAUAGCGGUAAAGGCUAUGAUCAGGUGAUCUGCAUGCCCACUCACCAAGUGCUAACUGUUGAUGGGCAACUUCAAAGCCCCCUGAUGAACUCCCUACCUAUUUUAUCAUUUAACUGGGCUUGAACUGGACAGUCCUUCAAAGAGAAGACUGCCCUCCAUACAAGAGGAAAAUAUUUCGUGCCAAGUUACAUCUUACUGAUUUUUCUCCCACAGAGCCAACCACUGCAGCAACAGAUCUACGAUGACGCCGGCGCAGCAAACUCCGCCAGGAACGAGUUAAUUGAGCUGAAACGCUCAUUCCAGGCGUUGGAGAUAGAGCUACAAUCCCUUCUGGCUAAGGCAUGUGCUUUGCAUCUCCUUUUCCUUGGACUGCAGGGUUUUUGAAAGCAGGCUGAGUUCUCUUUGGAGGGCUCGGCUUUUGAGAUAAAUGUCAUUUUAAAAAAAAACUGCUUCCAGAUUCAUAGUUUAAGGUGGAGUUAUAGGCUGCAAUCAUAGAGAGUAGAAACCUCAAAGCAAAAUCAAUGCAGGCCCCAGAAUCCUAGAAGCUCAGAGAACAGCAGGAUGCUUCUCCCAGGAUGCUUGGCUGCCAGUAUCCAACACACUGCAUCAGGAUCAGAUAUGGUGAUUUCUCUUCUAUAGCCCCACACAUGUCUGUAGUUUCUAGGAAGUCCAAGGGUAGCCAGUGUGGCACUCGCCAGAUGUUGCUGGACAGGACUACAACUCUCAUCAUCCCUGACCAUUGGCCAUGUUGGCUGGGGCGGAUAGGCGUUAGAAUCCCAACAUGCAGAGGUCACCAUGAUGGCUGCCCAUGCCCAGUGUCUCCCAAACUUGGGUCUCAAGCUGUUUUUGGACUACAGUUCCCACCUUCCCUGACCACUGGUCCUGCAAGGUAAGGAGGAUGGGAGUUGUAGUCCAAAAAAUAGCUAGAGGCCCAAGUUUAGGAAACACUGCUCUAACCAUUGUGGCGUAGCUAGCUAGCUUAGGUUGCAAUCCUAUGCACCCUCACAGGGGAGUAAGCCCCAUUGCGCACAGUGAGACAUACUUCUGAGUAAACAUACCUAGCACAGCAUGAUGAGUAGCUUAGAAUUACUAGGGAAAACUGGAGUCUCCUACCCUGUUUGCUGUCCAUAAUUCGAGUCUGGCCAUUGCAUUUCAAAUAGGAAUCGUACAGAUUGCAUUUAUAUUUGAUACUAGGUUGAUAAAAUGCCAAAAAGCAAAACAAAACAAAACAAAACCCAUGUGUACAGCAAUUUCCAGGGACACACAAAAUAGAUAUACCGACCCUCAGUUUUGGGGGAGCUGAACUUUAUACUGGAUGCUGAGCAAAUGAAAAUUUUCACCUUCAUUAGCAUGUAAGCAAGCCCUGCCUUCCUCUAUUUCUCCCACCGACAGAAAGCUUCUCUGGAAGGCACCUUGCAUGAAACCGAAGUCAACUACAGCACUCAGCUCUCACAGCUGCAGCACCAAGUGAGCAGCAUCGAAGAGCAGUUGCAGCAGAUCAGGUCUGAGACAGAGAUGCAAAAUUCAGAGUACCAACAACUGCUGGGUAUCAAGACCCGACUGGAAAUGGAAAUUGAAACAUACAGGCGCCUGCUUGACGGCGAGAGGUAUGGGAAUGAUCUGAAAGUAAAGGGGAAUCAAGCUGGGAGUCGCAUGAUGUUGGGUUCAAAGGGUCCCUUCCUCACACUUUUUUAUUUUAAGCCAACGUGUUUGAAAAGGUGGAAGCAAACUUUAAGCAUCAGUUGCUUCUUUUUCUGGUUUUUGUGUGGUCAGAAACUUGCUCCUAGCCCCCUAAACCCAAAUAUUCCAAAAUAAAAUUCGCAAAAGACCGCAUUAAAAAGUCAACAUUCCCACUUGAAUGCAAAAUCAUCUCUCUGGUUCUCUAUAUAUCACAUCGACAAAUGACAGAUCACAGAUGCAAAGUAUUCCAGUUUUAAUUGGGGAGGAGACCCUAAAAGAUUCUGACCUGCUAAAGGUCAUCCUUUGGUUCUUUUUAAAUACUGUGUGGGUGCCAGCAAGAAAGAAUCCUCCAGGAAUACGAAUGACACACCAUGCAACUGUACUGAAAGCAUUACUGCUUCCACAACCACUUCCUAAAAAUAUUUUUUUAAAAUCUGCCAGUUUCAUAAGAGUAUUAACAAGUUAUCAUUGUGUUCCUUUUUGACAGUUUCCGCACUUACGAACCAAAAGUUCAAAUCAGAGGUAAUUACAAUUUAUUAUUUCAGAGUAAUGUUGUUUUGUAUUUAAAAGGACAAUGUAUAAAUCUGAAAAUUGUGCCCUUAUUUCCAUAACAGGGGGGGGGGCAUGCUUUAAGGUGGAACCAGAGGGAACCUAAGACUCUCUUUAGGUAGGACUGAAAUAUCUUCCCCCACACACACCUAAAACCCUGGAGCUCUGCUGCAAGCCAGUACAGACAAUACUGAACUAGCUAUUCCAGUGGUCUGACUCAAUAUAAGGCAGCUUCCGUGUUCUAGACUAGAGUCCCUUGCACUGAGCUGUUGGCUAUUUGACUCUUCCACUGCCGUUGUCCCAGUGCCUGCUACUUGUAGAGGCUGCCAGCGCCACAGUCUCAGCCCCCGCCCUUCAAGGCUUUCUUAAAUACGAACCCUGAAAUUUGGGGUCUCCUCCCAACUGAGGCCAAAGUUUCAUACCCGUUUUGUACUGUUUUGCACCAUGAACCCCACAUUUUGUACCACCUCCCAAGCUGGGUAAGUUGAUACAUCAAACUGGGGCUCGCCGUUAACGUCUAAAAACCCAAUAUUGUCUGGUUCACUCCAAACUGGUGCCAAAAAUUUUGCACUUAUUUUGUACCACCACCACUCCACAAGAUGCUCAAAGCAGGGGCCAUAGGUAUCCCCCCCGAAACCCAACAUUGUUCGAUUCACUGCAAAGCGGUGCCCGGAUUUUGCAAUAGUCUCAAACCCUUUUUCGCCGCAAACCCCCCUGGUUUUGCACCACCGCCACCCCCAAGCUGAGUAAUCCUUCAACUUUUCUGAGAACUGUAGCAAACAACCACAAGUAGCAGAGGCAGUAGACAAGUGACAGACACCCCUACCCCCCCAAGGCAUCAAAUCUAGUGAUGAGCUGGCAUAUCUCACAAUUCAAUUGAACAAUGUUGACUUAAGAGUAUUUGCACUAGCCUUUAUCCAUACUGUCAUGAGUCCCUUUCACUUCAUCAGCUUCAACUCAAGGAGUGUGUUCAGAAUUAACAUGCUACCAGAGAAGUCGGAAUGGAUUUCAAAGGCCUUCAGCUCCCUGUGGGCAGAAAACUAAUUAUCACAUUUAAAAAGAAAGAAAAAGAAUUUAAAAAAAAAUCAGUAAGCUCAGUUUGAUAAAAUGCACACCAUUGCAGAAUAAGCCUGAAAUUAAAAAAAGAAGAAGAGAAAAGCAAACAUUGGGAGGGAACGUUUAGUUAGAUUGUAUUCCUUUGGUAAUCUGCAUUCUGUUGAGUUUACAGAAAAUCAUGUGCCUGAAUCCAAAUAAAGAGUCAACAGAAGGAGAAUAGAAUAACCCUUGUGCCAUACGUAGAAUUCCCAGAUAGAGAGCCAAUGUGAUUGGUGGUCAGAGUGUCCAACCUGGGAAACCAGGGUUCAAAUCCUUACUUGAACAUGAAACUCACUGGGUUGUCUUGGGCUGGUCGCUGUCUCUCGCAAGGUUGCUGUGGGGAUUAAAUAACAAAGGGGGGGAGAACCAUGUAAGAUACCUUGAGCUCCUUGGGGAUAUAAAUAGAAUAAGUAAAUAUAUCCAUUCGUGAGAAAGAAAGUCUGGGGAGAAUGAUUGCCCUAAUGUUCCCAGCAGAAAAAAAGUGUGAGUACCAAUCAUGAGUCUCGACAAAAAAAUUCCCCUGGUCUAUCUUCUUCAGAUCCUGUGGCCAACAUAUGUUGCCAGGACCAUGACAUAUUUAUUCAUUCAGUGGCAUAUUCAACAUGACUAUUGUCCUGUCCCCACAAGGGAUCUUUUUGCAGUCACUGUCUGGAUGGCAUUGUAAGAUGUAACUGGCUGGCAAGAAAGUGACUAAAAGCUGACCCAAGUCUGAAGAAACUUGCCAGGUUUCUGUUGGCCUGCAGUCACAAAGCAUUACUGAUUAGUUAAAUUGCUGUGGGAUGCAACAAGCAUUGCACAUUGAAGCCUCCGUUGUUUGCUUGAAACAAUAUGUGUCUGGGCAGGAAGAGGUAAAGGAUGACGUUCCGAUGAAUGUUGCUAUUCUACACUAAUGGCCAGGUGUUUGCAUAAUGGGGUAAAGCAAUUUUAGGAGUGGUUUCGCUGCUAUUACUCACUGCUGAAUUGUUGCUGUUACAACUCUGUAGUUUAAAUGAUGUGUUGUUUUGUACGAUUGCAUAUGUAUUGGUUGUUAGCUGCCAAGAGCUCCAGACUGGAGGAAAGGCAAGAUAUAAACAUCUUGAAUGAAAGAGAAAAUGAAUUAAUAAAUCAACACUUAGUGCUUCUCCUCCAGCUCAACUCCAGUAGUUUCCCACAUGUUGGGGAAAUAGGCCAUGUGAACCCAUUUAGCGAUAUUAUCAAUGGUUAACUCUAUCAUCAUUUUAUUCCUUUCUCAGAGCCCCUCAAAACAAGGGUGGUGAAGACCAUCGUUGAAGAAGUGGUGGAUGGCAAAGUGGUCUCAUCUCAAGUGAAAUCAGUUGAAGAAAGAGCAACGAAGUGAACAGCAUGAAAAGCAAAGCAGGGGGCCCUUCAACUCAGGCAAGCAAGGGAAUACCCAAGUAGAAGAAAACCUCCUGGAACCAGAGUCAAUUGUAGCUUAGUAGCUUCUUGCAAAUAUGGGCUCUAGAGAGGGGGAAAUCCCACUCAAUAUGCUUUCUUAAAACUUUACAGAGGUUAUGCUUUUAGAAAUACUGAGAACUACAUUCUGUUUACUGCCACAAUGCAAUAAACUUUCUUACUGUUGCAAGU